CAAACGGUCGCGGUCGGGCUGACAGCGCAUGCGCCGUAUCCAUGGCACCUGGGACGCCACAGACGUUUAUAAUCUGUGAAGAUGUCGGCCAAAAAGUCAGACAAAGGGGUCAGGGGAUCAGCCAAAGGCGCCAAGGAGACCAAGGAGGCCAAGGCAGAGAGAGAGCGGCUCGAGAAGGAGGAGGAGGAGAGGAGGCUUCAAGAAAAAGAGAUGGCGCGCCUCCAGGAGGAGCAGGAGAAGCAGGAGAGGCUGGAGCGGGAGAGGAGGGAGCAGGAGGAGAUGGAGAGACUGGAGGCCAAGGACCAAGAACGCAGAGAAGACGAGCUGAACGAAGUCCGCCAUCUGCUGGAGGAAAACCAAGUUGCAGUUAAGAAAUGGCUUGUUGACACGAGAGAGAAAGCCAAGUGGGACAGGUUCAUGCUGUGUGACGGCCGACCCGACCCCUCCCAGACCCAGGAAGUGAACACCUACAUCAGCCUCUGGAGGGACGACCCUGAGGUGGACGCCGUCCCGGCCCUGCAGCAGUGCUCCCUCGCCCUGCAGCUGAUCGGGGCCCUGGAGGACGAGCAGGAGGAGGUGCAGGAGGAGGAGCAUCAGAGGCUCCUGGAGCACAUCCACUGUCUGCAGGAGCUGGUGCACCACAAGCACCUCCUCAUCGCCCAGGAGGUGCUCAACCACGCUGGCUCCAAGGUGGACAUUGAGACAGGCAACAUGGCGACGGUUGUCAGGGACGACCAUGUCACCCUCUGUGUCUGGGCCAACCUCAACAAGAACCCGCGGUUCAAGGGCUUCCAGUUCGAGGAGGCGGGCGUGGCCUUCGAGCUCCCCAAGCCGCUGGCCCUGAGUGACGUGGCCCUCCGAGUCCUCCACACCCGCUACGACCACCUGUCUCCCCACGCCAGGCUCACCGCCCUGGGGGGGCGGCCCCUCAGCAGCAGGACGCCCGGAGGAGAGGAGGAGCCCUCGUCCAAACCGGGGUCCCCUGUCCAAGGGGAGACGGGAGAAGGGGUGGGGAAGAAAGAGAGCCCUAGACAAGGGAAAGAGGAGGAGGUGCAGUCGGUUCUGGGGUCCGUCAGGAGGAAGAGUGCAGGGAGCGUCCUGUCAAAUAGGAGCAGCAGAACCAGGCCAGUGGAAGAACCGGAGGACCAGAAACAAACACAGAUGGAAGCAAGCGAGGAGGUACCAGCUGAACCUGAGGAGCCUGACAUCGUGAAGGCUGUAGACGUGGCGACGGUGGACUUGCAGCGCUACACGCCCCUGGGCGGAGUCUACUACUGCGACGUGUUCCGCCUCCCCCCGCAGGCCAUCCUGGCCAGGGGCUGGUCGCUGCGACAGGUGCUUGAGAGGGGGCUGGAGGCUCUCCCCUACCCAGAGGAGAGCUCCGAGACCCAGCCCGGCUCCUCCCCCGAGGCCCCGGAGGCCCCGGAGCCCGUGGGGCUGUCCCUCACCGUGCCCGACUACGUCCUGCUCCUAAAGGCCCCCAAUGUGGCCAUCUGGGACCCCACAGCCAUCCAGUGGACGACAGCGGGCGUCAGCGGCGUGUCGUACGAGGCGGACCAGGCCCGGGUCUCCUUCAAGAUGGGCUCCUUCCGGGCCUUCGUGCUGCUGCAGGAGACAUACUGCCUGCUGCCCCUGCAGGCCUGGACCCUGCAGCCGCUGGGGCCGGACUCAGCGCGCCUCAGGGUCACCUCAGCGCUCAUCACUCUCAGCAUCACCGUCAAGGGGCACCAGUGCAUGCUGCAGGUGGAGCAGGAGGAGGUCCUCUCCCACCUGCAGGGUCAAUGGAUGGGCUGCGGGGCUCUGAGGAAGGCCAUGGCCAACGCCGGCCUCAACCUCUCCGUUAACGAACACACGGACCGAUACAUCCGCUCCUGUGGCAAGGACCCUCUGAGUGAGCACACGGCCUACGAACAGAUGGCCCUCCAGGCCUCUGCCGUGGCCUUCUCCUGGAGCCAGUGGAACGCCAGGUGUGGAGGCGAACACAUGGUUGUACAGGCGUGUGAACACCACGGCCCCGCCCUGGUCCCGGGGGGCCCCUGGAGCCUAUACCUCUUGGGGGCCCAGCGCAGCCAGAAGCUGCAGAUGACCGAGGAGAGCCCGGCCUUCUCCGUCGAAAUCAGCCCCGACACAGAGUUCCACUCCACCUUCCUCCACACGCUGCGCGACGACCUGAGCCCCGAGGGCGGGGCCGUGACCAAGACCUCCCACUUCCUGUUUGUGGACACGGUGCAGAGCCUGCUGUGCGCCACCCGGCUGCUCAACUACUGUUGAAGAGCGGCAAAGUAGGACGACGGCAGGAGCCGUCUCUGUUGAAAUGGGGUUCAUAGACCCUUUACAUAGCAGGACAAACAGGCUCACUCAUAACCCACAUUUAGUCUGGUCCUCUCAUUUACUACGACGUUGGUCUAUUACUCAUGCCCUGACACGUGAAAGAAGCAGACCCAUAGUUCAUGUGACGAGGAGCGCCUGUCUUUGUCUGGCUACCCCAUUGUGAAAGGGUCCUUUGCAGUAACCUUGUGGCCCCUGUAGUGCAGUGCGGUCUCUAGGGUCUGAUGUGAGCGCUGGUUACUUAGUUUAGUGUCAUCCGGUUUGAAGGGACAGAGUGCCGAUCUGAUGCGAGUUCUGGGGGACGAUAUCCCGGUUCAAUCUGACGUAACAGAUCGAAGUUGUAUAUUUAAAAUAGUACGAAGUGAGUUAGAUUAGAAACGCACCUCACACAGAUUUUUCUACAAUUGGCGACUUUAUUUGUGAAAAGUUUCAAACAACCUCUUUGGAAUAUACAAAAAGCGUAAGACUUUUAAAACGGUGCACAGCACGGCAACAACUUAAAACAAAAAUCUGUUUGGUGCUUCACUCACUCAUGAUCAAAAACAAUCCGUUCAUGGAAACAAACAUUUUUAUAAAUAGAUUGUAAUUAUAUUUCAAAAAACACAAAUAAAACGUUAUUAUUAGCGGUGUUAUAUUACUCUGAAAGGAUUGCUCCUGGUCCCAUUGAGAAAUAAUAUCUUGGUAAAAAGGAGAAGGUCGAUUCUUCCAUCCCCUUCCGUGUUUCAGACCUUCCUUGUGCUUAUUGAACAGGGGGGAGUUCUCCAACGUCCUCUGAAGUGUUAUUGAUCUGCACCGAUCACAUCUUCUGAAAUCGUGUCGGAGACAAAACGAGUCGUCCAGCUCACAGGAUGAAUGAAUAAAACAGUGAACGUUCCUUCAAGUGUUCAUCUUGUCGUAUUAUUCAUUCAAACACAAA